CAAGAGAAGAGUGUGUGUUGGAUAGACCGAUAGAGAGGCCGGAUGAAUGACGAUAGUAUACACUCCACCCUACACAGUGGAUAAUAUUUAAAUAACUGUGUAAUAACAACUACACUGGUACAUUUGUAUCAAGUCUACACAUAUUCACUGUGUAAAUAAAAGGUUGAGAAAUAUUUUUUUCGCCACGCAUAUAGUCUAUAUUUCACACACCGAACACACACACAAAACAACUCAAAUCGAACAAGAUGGCUCAACGACCCCCAGGACCCGUUCGCGAGAACUCGCUAUCCUCUUUCAAGGAACUACAGAUGUCUACGGCAAAGAGCGCACUAGACAAGUCACUCAAGGAGUUGGCCCUGACUGCCGCUGAUGUACCCGCGGCGCAGCAACACAUGAACCGCUUCUCUGAGCUGUUUGGACGAUACUUGGGCAACGCUGAGCAAGAUCGCAUCCACUGGGACAAGAUUGAGCCACCCCCUCCCGGCAUGGUCCAGUUAUACGAGAGUCUGGCCAGUGUACCCGAGGACGCCAUCGCCGACUUGCUAGACAAGCUCGUAGUAGUCAAACUCAAUGGAGGUCUGGGAACCACUAUGGGUUGCACCGGUCCCAAGUCAGUGAUCGAGGUGCGUGACGAUAUGACCUUCCUGGACUUGACAGUGCGUCAAGUGGAAUGGCUCAACGAGACAUAUGGCUGUGAGGUGCCCUUAAUCCUUAUGAACUCCUUCAACACGCACGACGAUACCGAUAAGAUCAUCCAGAAGUACUCGGCCUCCAACGUGACCAUCUUAACGUUCAACCAGUCGCGUUUCCCACGUAUUAACAAGGAGUCUCUGCUGCCUGUCACCGAUCAGUAUGAUGGUGGCAAUAGCAACUGGUACCCCCCUGGUCACGGUGACGUAUACGACUCGAUGAAGGAGUCUGGUGUGCUGGACGGUCUUCUGGCUAAGGGCAAGGAAGUGAUGUUCAUGUCAAAUAUCGAUAAUUUGGGUGCCACCGUGGACAUUACUAUCCUGCAACACUUUUCCAACUCUGAUGCCGAGUUUGCGAUGGAGGUUACCCCCAAGACACAGGCUGAUGUCAAGGGUGGUACCCUGAUCUCUUACGAGGGGCAGUGCCGUCUGUUGGAGAUUGCGCAGGUGGCCAAGGACCACGUGGAAGAGUUCAAAUCUAUCAAGAAGUUCCGCAUUUUCAAUACCAAUAAUUUGUGGAUGAAGUUGGAAGCUGUCGACCGCGUUGUGGUACAGAAGGAACUGAGCAUGGAGAUCAUUGAGAACAUCAAGUCAAUGAGCGACGGCACCAAGGUGAUCCAACUCGAACAGGCCGUCGGCGCGGGUAUCAAGCAUUUCAAGAACGCGUGCGGUAUCACUGUGCCCCGAUCACGCUUCUUGCCCGUAAAGACGUGCUCGGAUCUAUUCGUCGUGAAAUCAAACCUAUACACCAUUCAACACGGUACGCUAGUUAUGAACCCAGCCAGGCCCUUCCCCACCGUACCCUUGGUCAAGCUUGGAGACGGCCACUUCAAGAAGGUGCAUGAGUUUUUGGGCCGUAUGUCCGGAAUUCCCGAUAUUGUGGAGCUGAACCAUCUCACUGUGACAGGAGAUGUCACAUUUGGCAAGAAAGUGGUGCUUAGGGGUACCGUGAUCAUAGUGGCCAACCACGGAGACAGGAUUGAUAUCCCAUCUGGUGCGGUCUUUGAAAACAAGGUUGUGUCCGGAAACAUGCGCAUCCUUGAUCACUAAUUGGAGACCUCGUCUCUGGCUACCAUCCGUUGCGUCAGGGUUUUCAAGUAUGUUAAUCGAGUAAGAAGUAUUUCCCGGGUACGGAACAUAGUGUGUGUGUUUGCUAAUAAAAUAUGUCAAAUAUCAUCAGC